UUGUAGUAUUGCCACCGGGCUAUCUUUCAGCUCAUUUCGUGUAUAACUCCUUCAACUUUUAUGGUCAUGACUCAUGACCAUACUUCACAGCUCACAUUGCAGGUGCCACCACACACACACACACACAUAGAGAGAGAGAGAGAGAGAGAGAGAGAGAGAGAGAGAGAUGGAAGAGGGUGCUGUGCCUGGAUGGGAGAGUAACAAGAAACUAAAACUCAUGCAAGGUGAUGGUUCAAGUAGUUCUUCAGCAGGAAAGGCAUCGGAGUUGGAGGCCCUAAGGAAAGAGCUUGAGCAGAAAAACUUUAAGAUUCAAGAGCUAAAAAGACAAAUUGAAGCAACUAAGCAUCGUCUGGAAUUAGGAAAGAAAAAAGUUCCAGAGGAGCAAAUGGAAGUGCUGAAGAGCUUGAUCAAGAAAUACAACAGCAUAAGAGAGGAACAUGAAGCAUUGUUGGCCGACAAGUCUAGGAAGAUAUAUUAUAAGUAAACAAAGGCAGCAAGCAUGCAUCUUAAUUAGUUUCAAAUUAAUAGAUCGAUGCUGAUGAUCAUCCAGUGAUUUUCAUAAACUUGGUUGCAAAAAUUAAUGGAUGUUAUUGGAGGUAA